AUGGUGAGUAUCGUGACAGUUAUUGGGCCAGCCCCAAAAGGUGUGGAUCUCUCUGCGGAUAGGAUCAAGACAGAUAAUGCGGUGGUGAUAAGUUUCUCUUGUCUCGCGAUGAUCGCAGUUGCGAUCAGAUUUUAUAUGAAGUUGAAAGGGGCAAAGACGGAGUUUAAGAAGCUGGCUCUUGAUGAUUGGUUGGUUGCUGCUGCCCUUGCUCCUCUUGUUGCAUUACUAGCCAUUGCGCUUCUUGCAGGACACUAUGGUAUGGGGAAACACAUUUGGGUAAUGACGGUCGAGAAUAUGAUAAAAAUGAAGAAGAUCCUAUUUGCCUACCUUUUUAUCUACAUUUUCGAGCUUUUCAUCGUCAAGCUAUCAUUGCUUAUGUUCUAUCGUCGCAUCUUCGGGACAAGCGGCAACUAUUGGGUCUGCAUAAUUCUGGCUUUGGGUUGGGCUUUCGGCAGCAUGAUCGCUCUUUUAACCUGCCCGGCGCCCGUGUCGUACUUUUGGAACGAACUCACCAACCCCGGCGGCGGAAACUACAGAUACAAUUUUUACAACUAUUACGUCGGGAACGCAGCAUCGAAUGUUAUCACAGAUUUCCUUAUUUUGCUCGUUCCACUCCCCGUUAUUUGGAAACUGAAAAUGCGUGUCGCACAAAAGUUUAUGGUGUCUGGAGUUCUUCUGCUUGGUAUCUUUGUCUGCGCCAUUAGCAUAGUCCGAUUGCACUACAUCAUGUUCCUGAAGGACGAUCUCGAUAUAACCUGGACUAUGGGCAACGUAUACGUCUGGUCAACAUUGGAGCCCUGCGUGGCCAUCAUAUGCGCCUGUCUCCCCGCCCUACAACCCGUCAUUCAAUCAGCGAUGAAACUCGAAUAUAUAAUCCACAUACGCUCCCGCCUCCGUCCCAGCAAACGAGCUAGACAAAUUCUUCGGUUGGAAAAGCACUUCAGCAACAUCAGCAACGGUAGCAGUCACAGACUACGGCCUGUGACUCCCUCGAUGGAUAGGCCAGGAUCCGUAGAGCCUGCUGCUGAGAUCGAGACUCAAUGUGUUCCUGUUAAGUCUGCCUCUCCGAGGAUUUCUCCUAAGGAGAAGAAGAAUUUGGAAGAGUACUUGGGUCCGAUGUAUAUUAUGGUACAGCAUGAUGUUGAGUGGUCUGAAACUCAUAUUGUCCACUAG